GUGUAGUGGACGGGACAUAAACACCGAGCCCAAGUAAAGCGGGCGCUAGCAACGACGAAGAUCGGUAGUUAACACAAAAUCCGUCGAGUACAGAGAGUUUUUCUUCUGCGGAUUUCCUUCCGUCGUCGCUCCGCUCGCCCCGACCGGAGACCGGGACCCUCGACGUAAUAAUCGAAUUAGUUACGCGCGUCACCAGAGGGGAACGGAAGUAGUAACACUUGGUAGGAUCCGAUGGACACAACCAGCAGAACAAUCAAUUAUGUGAGAUUGUAGGUUGUGGCCGCAUUAUCGAGUCGAGUCAGCAGCUCCCACUAGAGUGACAAAGAAAGGGACACCACCGUGUACGUGUGUAUGUUGUUUUCUUUCGGUUCAUCGUUCGGUGUGCAUAGAAAGAACUGAAAAAUAAAAACGUUCUGAUAAUUCCGUUUCCCCUGCCCGGUGUGAUAAGCGGCAGUCUUUUUGGAAUAGACAGAACCAUCGCCGUGGGUCAGUGACAAGAAGUUAAAACCGUGAUUAUCCCGAACAUCCAAACUGUGCGACGCGUUAUCGGUCCUACGCCCUUCGCGUGUUCCGUUCCUUAGAGCAACACGUACAUUUGUGCAAGCAUAGAAUUUAGCAGUGUUUAUCUCGGUAAUUCUUGGCGAUACCACCUUCAACAUCAUGAUGGCAGAAUCCGACAACACGGCCGACGCGACCCGACGACUGAACGUGAAGAAACAGACCCUCGACGAUGCGUACGCAAUUCCGGCCAACUUCCUGGAGAUUGACGUCGUUAACCCGAUGACCACAAUCGCGGCCGGAAAGAAGCGCUACACCGAUUACGAAGUGCGAAUGCGGACAAACCUUCCGGUGUUCAAAGUGAAAGAAUCGAGCGUCCGCCGACGGUACAGCGAUUUCGAAUGGCUCAGGAACGAACUGGAGCGCGACAGUAAGAUCGUGGUUCCCCCGCUACCGGGUAAGGCCUGGAAGCGCCAGAUGCCGUUCCGCGGCGACGAUGGCAUUUUUGACGAGAACUUCAUCGAGGAACGACGAAAAGGGCUCGAACAGUUCAUCAACAAAAUCGCCGGCCACCCGCUAGCGCAGAACGAGCGGUGUUUGCAUAUGUUCCUGCAGGAGCCGGCCAUCGAUAAGAACUAUGUGCCCGGUAAGAUACGCAACACGUAAAACCGGGAAAACUGAUAACACACACCCACACACACACACACGUCUCCACACGCCCAUCCCGCGCGCGUCUCAGGGUGGACAGGAGAAAACAGGCAGAAGAGCAGAAAAAGCGAGCUAGGGAAGGUUAGCAAAAACGGAUCGCUUGGGGCGCGAAAUGGCGCUUCGUAACCUUUAAAGGACGGAUUCAUUGGUUGAAGGUUGAGCAGCAGCAUGUGAACGAAGAACGAAUCAAUAUUCAGGUCGACGAUAGGAAGGAACCGGUGAAAGGAUUUUUCCUCCGGGAAAAUGUAGGCCAUGAAAUAGAGACGAACUUUUGCUAGAAUAUUAAUAAUUUUCACGGCCCAGGAUACAACCAGAAAAAAAUAUCCCGUUCCUUGAGAAAAAUCAUUCUCUCUUUUUUUUCAAAAAAAAAUUUCGGUGUAUUUCACCCCCCCGCAAGUAAAAUUAUGAUAAAUCACACACAAUCAGCCAAUAAUUAAUGCUCCGAAUUUUUUCAUCAAAUUUCCUUUAGUGGUUUUCUAAUAUUGAAACAUCCUUCUCACAAGAAUAAAAGGGCCGUUCAACUAGAGUCUGAAAACGUACGUUAUCGUACUGAACAUUGUUAGUGUGAAACAGUCCCCAAAAUAGACAGUCAUAAAAACAAACAAACAAACAAACAAACAUACAAACGAAUAGUUAGGAUCGACAUACGAAUUGAAACUGGCGAAUAAAAUUCGGCAAAUGCAAAUGAAGAACGUGUAAUAGCGGAGCAGAGGGAGGAGUGGGUGGCAACAAAGGCGACACAUAACGAAAUUACUUCCCCUUUUACGAUAGAUAAACGGAAGGAGCAGUAGAGGUUUGAGGAAAUAAAACGCCCCUAACCGCAUUCAAAAAUAUCGAAUGUAAACUGGGUUGAAGAUAACGGAAAAGUCAGUGUAUCAUAACAUUACAAGUAAAUAAAGUAAGAACAACUCCUUCGAUUAAUAGUAAAAAAAAAAAAUAUAAAAAAGAACUGUCACCAGAAUCUAGAACGAUUGAUAAAAAAAAGUGGAAGGAAUUGGUAGGAAGAUAUUUUCCCAGUCGUUCCAGCGGCUCCCUGUUUGUCUCUCUUUCCCAAUUUGUAUCUUUUGUUUUGCUCAUCCUAUAAUUGGAAAGGAAUUCCCAUCGAUGUGUAAAAUGUAACAAUCUUCUCGUCGUUACUUUGGAAAAGUAGUUCAGUUAAAAGUGAACGGAAGGAAAGGUAAAAACAAUCAUUUAAAAAAAGAAGAGAGAAAAAAAACAAAAGCAAAAGAUAGAAGAAUGAAUGAAAGAUGGAUGGGUGUGGAAUAGAAAAAAAAGUCCUUUUCUUGAAACAUCAAAGUUUUCACAGGCUCUAUCUCCUUAGCAACAAGGCGAGGUAGUAAAUCAAGCGAGAUCUGUGUGUCAGGUGAUAUUUAGUUUAUUCUCUAGAACCAUCAUCCUCCCUCCCCCCUCCCCCCUCGGCGUUGGAAGAGCCGUGUUUUGGUGGAAAAUAGCGGAAAAGGGGGUGGGGUGUUCCCUGUGUGUUUUUUAAGUCUUUUUUUUAAUUUGUUUAUGAAGAAAAGGAAUCGUUUUGCGGGGAACGAGCUGUUCGAGGACAUAAUUCUGUUAUUAGCAAUAAUGUGAAAUACUACGGGGCCUGAGGAGAGGUUAAAAGAACAAAAGCGUAAAUGAAAAAUAAAACGAAAAACAAAAAAUACAAACUAACUGUCAUUGCAACAGAUCACUCCUGUUUUCUGGAUCGGCUCAUCUCUAGGUAGGUUACUAGAUAUGCGAUUGCUAUGAUUGCUACUCAUUCAUCAUGAUCAUGCACACACUUUGUUUUCGGACCGUUUGCCCAUUUUCACCGCGGAAAGGUUUUCCAUCUUUAUUUUCAAACAAUUUUGGGGAUCAGAG